GCAAUCUGGUCACUCUGCUCGUCCAGGUUCCACGUCAAGCGCCGGAAAAAAAACACGACUUGCAUUUAUUUAAUUUUCCUGGCAACCGGACCAACAGAUUUCGAGCAAGAUGGUGAGCCUGCUGCAGGAGAUCGACACCGAGCACGAGGACAUGGUACACCACGCGGCGCUGGACUUCUACGGCCUGCUGCUGGCCACCUGCUCCUCGGACGGCAGCGUCCGCAUCUUCCACUCGCGCAAGAACAACAAGGCGCUGGCCGAGCUCAAGGGACACCAGGGACCCGUGUGGCAGGUGGCCUGGGCGCAUCCCAAGUUCGGCAACAUCCUGGCCUCGUGCUCCUACGACCGCAAGGUGAUCGUCUGGAAGUCCACAUCGCCCCGGGAUUGGACUAAGCUAUACGAAUACAGCAACCACGACUCGUCGGUGAACUCGGUGGAUUUCGCCCCAUCGGAGUACGGACUGGUGCUGGCCUGCGCCAGUUCGGAUGGCUCCAUUUCGGUGCUGACCUGCAACACGGAGUACGGCGUGUGGGAUGCCAAGAAGAUACCGAAUGCCCACACCAUCGGCGUGAAUGCCAUAUCCUGGUGCCCGGCCCAGGCGCCGGAUCCGGCCUUCGAUCAGCGGGUAACCUCGCGUUCGACGGCCGUCAAGCGACUGGUGAGCGGCGGAUGCGAUAAUCUGGUGAAGAUCUGGCGCGAGGACAACGACCGCUGGGUGGAGGAGCAGCGACUGGAGGCGCACUCCGAUUGGGUGCGCGACGUGGCCUGGGCGCCGUCGAUCGGCCUGCCCAGGUCGCAGAUUGCCACGGCCUCGCAGGAUCGCCAUGUGAUCGUGUGGAGCAGCAACUCGGAUCUGACACAGUGGACAUCGACGGUGCUGCACACAUUCGACGAUGCCGUGUGGAGCAUCUCAUGGUCCACCACCGGUAACAUUCUGGCCGUCACCGGUGGGGAUAACAAUGUCACACUGUGGAAGGAGAACACCGAGGGACAGUGGAUUCGCAUCAACUACGAAUCGGGCACUGCUAUCCAGUCGAAGCAGCCGUCGCACCUUCCCCACGCCCAUUCCCAGCAGCAGCAACAGGCGCCACAGCAGCACCAGCAGCAGGCGCCCCUGCAUCCCGGGCCAUCCUCCGAUUCGGAGCACAGCUCGAACCUGUCCAACUCUCAACUAUCCAACUGAAGAAAUGUCGUGCUGAAGUCGUGGUCAAAAGUGUUAUCUUACAAAUAUAUAUACGAAAUACAAUUAAAUGUUUCCC